AUGGAGAACCAGGACAUAUCAGUACACAUUGUCAGAAGCCGAAGCAAGCUAAAUCUGGAGAGAAAGUGUUUUCUUUAUCAGGAACUCAUAAUUCCAAAUGCCGACAUGUUGAUUAAAGAUAUAUGUUUCAUUAAUAGUAUUCCUUUAAUUACUAUUGUUGAUACUGGUGCUACACACUUUUUUAUUGUUACUGAUUGUGUGAAAAGAUUUUUUGGUGUUAAUCUUAUUUGUUUGCCGCUGAGGGAUCUUGAUGUUAUCUUGGGAAUAAACUGGUUGGAGUUUAAUCAUGUUCAUAUAAUUUGUUAUAACAAAUAUGUACGGUUCGUUUUUCCUAUUGAGGAAGAGGAAAUGGGUUUGUUAUCUGCUAGGAAGAUGGAAGAGGUCUUGCAGGACGAGGCUCAGGUGUUUGCGUUGUUUGCAUAUUUAUCUGCUGAAAGUCAAGCUGUAAUUGAUGAAUUUUCGAUAGUGCAUGAUUUUCUAGAUGUGUUUCUAGAUGAUGUUUCAGAUGUGCCGCCAAAGCGAGAGGUGGAGUUCUUUAUUGAUCUUGUCCCUGGUACCAGACAUGUUUCUAUGGUACCAUACAUGAUGUCGACGUCAGAAUUCGAAGAGUUGAGAAAGAAAUUAGAGGAUUUGUUGGAAAAUAAAUUUGUGAGACCAAGUGUGUCACCUUGUGGAGCUCCGAUGUUGUUGGUAAAGAAAGAUGGUAGUAUGAGGUUGUGUGUGGAUUAUUGA